CCGCAGUUUCUCCUGCAGCUUCCCUACCUCUGCAGUCCAGCAACGCCUCGCGGGAGUCACGCUAGUGCAGUAGCCACAAGUUGACCUGUCGUGGGUGCAACAUAACUAAAGAAGCUGCUGCAGGAUGAAAAGAUGGCAGCGCAGCUGCUUGCACCACCAGGCCCUGAUAGUUUUAAACCUUUCACCCCAGAAUCUCUGGCUAACAUUGAAAAGCGUAUUGCAGAGGAAAAGAAGAAGAAGCGUCCAAAGCAAGACAGCAGCCAUCGGGAUGACGAUGACGACAGCAAACCAAAACCAAACAGUGACCUGGAGGCAGGGAAAAAUUUGCCUUUCAUCUAUGGGGACAUCCCGAAAGGUCUGGUUGCUGUACCACUGGAGGACUUUGACCCUUAUUAUUUGACCCAGAAAACCUUUGUAGUACUAAACAGAGGGAAAACACUCUUCCGAUUUAGUGCCACACCUGCCUUGUACAUUUUAACUCCUUUUAAUCUGCUUAGGAGAAUAGCUAUUAAAAUUUUGAUACAUUCAUUAUUUAGCAUGAUCAUUAUGUGCACUAUUUUGACCAACUGUGUAUUCAUGACUUUUAGUAACCCACCUGAAUGGUCGAAGAAUGUGGAGUACACAUUCACUGGUAUUUAUACAUUUGAAUCACUUGUGAAAAUUAUUGCAAGAGGUUUCUGCAUAGAUGGUUUUACUUUCCUUCGUGAUCCAUGGAACUGGCUAGAUUUCAGUGUCAUCAUGAUGGCAUAUGUCACAGAGUUUGUGGACCUUGGGAAUGUGUCAGCAUUGAGAACUUUCAGAGUUCUCCGAGCUUUGAAAACUAUCUCUGUUAUUCCAGGCUUGAAGACCAUUGUGGGUGCCCUAAUUCAGUCUGUGAAGAAACUGUCAGAUGUAAUGAUUUUGACAGUGUUUUGCCUCAGUGUCUUUGCUUUAAUCGGCCUGCAGCUGUUUAUGGGCAAUUUGAGGAACAAGUGUGUAAUAUGGCCAAUUAACCUCAAUGAGAGCUUCCUGGAGAAUGGCACCAGGGGGUUUGACUGGCAAGAAUACACCAACAAUGUCUCAAACUUUUACACAAUCCCUGGGGCCCUUGAUCCUUUGCUCUGUGGUAACAGCUCAGAUGCAGGCCAAUGUCCAGAGGGCUACACAUGCAUGAAAGCAGGAAGGAAUCCAAACUAUGGCUACACAAGCUUUGACACUUUCAGCUGGGCUUUCCUAGCCUUAUUUCGCCUUAUGACUCAGGAUUUUUGGGAAAACUUGUAUCAGUUAACAUUGCGAGCAGCAGGAAAAACUUACAUGAUAUUCUUUGUCCUGGUUAUCUUUGUGGGGUCAUUCUAUCUGGUCAAUCUGAUCUUGGCUGUGGUAGCCAUGGCUUAUGAAGAGCAGAACCAGGCCACACUGGAGGAAGCGGAGCAAAAGGAAGCAGAAUUCAAGGCCAUGUUGGAACAGCUGAAAAGGCAGCAGGAAGACACACAGGCUGCUGCCAUGGUCACUUCAGCAGGGACAGUCUCAGAAGAUGCUGUGGAGGGUGAUGGCAGGGGGAGGGUGUCUCAGAGCUCUUCUGAGAUUUCCAAACUCAGUUCUAAGAGUGACAAGGAGCGACGGAACAGGAGGAAGAAACGGAAGCAAAAGGAGCUGUUGGAAGGAGAGGAGAAGGGUGACAACGAGAAGGUGUUCAAGUCUGAAUCGGAGGAUGGAAUGAGGAGAAAGGCUUUUAGGCUGCCAGACAACAGGCUGGGAAGGAAAUUUUCCAUCAUGAACCAGUCCCUUCUCAGCAUCCCAGGCUCCCCUUUCCUCUCCCGGCACAACAGCAAGAGCAGCAUCUUCAGCUUCAGAGGGCGCUUCCGUGAUCCAGGUUCAGAGAAUGAAUUUGCUGAUGAUGAGCACAGCACGGUGGAGGAGAGCGAAGGCAGAAGAGAUUCCCUUUUCAUCCCCUUCCGUGGCCGGGAACGGAGAAGCAGCUACAGUGGCUACAGCCAGGGCAGCCGGUCCUCACGGAUCUUUCCCAGCAUCCGCCGGAACGUGAAAAGGAACAGCACAGUGGAUUGUAAUGGCGUGGUGUCUCUUAUUGGUGGCCCAGCAUCCAAUAGGCCCAUGGGACGCCUUCUGCCUGAGGGUACUACUGAGGUGGAAAUUAAAAAGAAACCUACUGGGUCUCUCUUGGUCUCAAUGGAUCAACUGAAUGCAUCAUAUGGAAGAAAGGAUCGAACCAACAGUAUAAUGACUGUUGUAACGAAUACCCUUGUAGAAGAGUUGGAAGAGUCCCAGAGGAAGUGUCCCCCAUGUUGGUACAAAUUUGCCAACACCUUCCUGAUCUGGGAGUGUCACCCACACUGGAUCAAGCUGAAGGAAAUAGUGAACAUGAUCGUCAUGGAUCCCUUUGUCGACCUGGCCAUUACCAUCUGUAUUGUGCUGAACACUUUGUUCAUGGCCAUGGAACACCAUCCCAUGACCCCUGAGUUUCAAGAUGUUCUGACUGUAGGAAAUCUGGUUUUCACUGGAAUUUUCACAGCAGAAAUGUUCCUGAAGCUCAUAGCCAUGGACCCCUACUAUUAUUUCCAAGAAGGUUGGAACAUUUUUGACGGAUUUAUUGUCUCCCUCAGUUUAAUGGAACUGGGUCUAGCGGACGUGGAAGGGCUUUCAGUGCUGCGGUCUUUCCGAUUGCUGAGGGUCUUCAAGCUGGCGAAGUCCUGGCCCACUCUGAACAUGCUGAUAAAAAUCAUUGGUAACUCAGUGGGUGCCUUGGGAAACCUGACCUUGGUGCUGGCCAUCAUCGUGUUCAUCUUUGCUGUGGUGGGCAUGCAGCUCUUUGGCAAGAGCUACAAGGAAUGCGUCUGCAAGAUCAACGCGGACUGUGUGCUGCCCCGCUGGCACAUGCACGAUUUCUUCCACUCCUUCCUUAUUGUCUUCCGCGUGCUGUGUGGGGAGUGGAUUGAGACUAUGUGGGAUUGUAUGGAAGUGGCAGGACAGGCCAUGUGCUUGAUUGUCUUCAUGAUGGUCAUGGUCAUCGGGAAUUUGGUGGUGUUGAACCUGUUCUUGGCCUUGCUGCUGAGCUCUUUCAGUGCAGAUAACUUAGCAGCGACAGAUGAUGAUGGGGAGAUGAACAACCUGCAAAUAGCAGUCAUUCGCAUCAAGCGGGGAAUUGCCUGGAUCAAGGCGAAAGCACAUGAGUUCAUGCAAGCGCAUUUCAAGCAGAGAGAGGCGGAUGAGGUCAAACCCUUGGACGAGUUGUAUGAAAAGAAGGUGAACUGCAUUGCUAACCACACAGGGGCUGAUAUCAACAGGGACAUUGAUUAUCAAAAGAAUGGCAAUGGCACCACCAGUGGCAUUGGGAGCAGUGUGGAGAAAUACAUCAUAGAUGAAGACCACAUGUCCUUUAUCAAUAACCCCAAUCUCACGGUUCGGGUACCCAUUGCCGUGGGUGAGUCAGACUUCGAAAAUCUCAACACAGAAGACUUCAGCAGUGAUACAGAUCCCAAUGGCAGCAAGGAGAAACUGGAUGAUACCAGCUCUUCUGAGGGCAGCACCAUUGAUAUAAAGCCAGAGGUAGAGGAAGUCCCUGUGGAGGCACCAGAAGAAUAUCUGGACCCAGAUGCAUGCUUCACAGAAGGUUGUGUGCAGCGCUUUAAGUGCUGUCAGGUCAGUAUUGAAGAUGGGCUGGGCAAAUCCUGGUGGACCUUGAGGAAGACCUGCUUUCUGAUUGUGGAGCACAACUGGUUCGAGACUUUCAUCAUCUUCAUGAUCCUAAUGAGCAGUGGAGCCCUGGCCUUUGAGGAUAUUUACAUAGAACAGAGAAAGACCAUCCGGACUAUGCUGGAGUAUGCAGACAAGGUCUUCACCUACAUUUUCAUUCUGGAGAUGUUGCUGAAAUGGUGCGCCUAUGGAUUCGUCAAGUUCUUCACCAAUGCCUGGUGCUGGCUGGAUUUCCUCAUUGUGGCUGUCUCUUUAGUCAGCCUUGUAGCUAAUGCCCUGGGCUACUCGGAACUAGGUGCCAUAAAGUCCCUUAGGACACUAAGAGCUUUGAGGCCUUUAAGAGCGUUGUCCCGAUUUGAGGGGAUGAGGGUGGUUGUCAACGCCCUGGUUGGUGCUAUCCCUUCCAUUAUGAAUGUGUUGUUGGUCUGCCUUAUCUUCUGGCUGAUUUUCAGCAUUAUGGGGGUUAACCUGUUUGCUGGGAAAUACCAUUACUGCUUUAAUGAGACAUCCGAGGAGCGCUUCGAAAUAAAGAGAGUUAACAACAGGACUGAUUGUGAAGCACUGAUGCCACCCAACUCCACUGAGAUCCGAUGGAAGAAUGUGAAAAUUAACUUUGACAAUGUUGGGGCAGGAUACCUGGCUCUUCUCCAAGUUGCUACUUUCAAGGGCUGGAUGGAUAUCAUGUAUGCAGCGGUAGAUUCCAGAAAGCCAGAAGAGCAACCCAAGUAUGAGGACAACAUCUACAUGUACAUUUACUUUGUAAUCUUCAUCAUCUUUGGCUCCUUUUUCACCCUGAACUUGUUUAUUGGUGUCAUCAUUGAUAACUUCAAUCAACAAAAGAAAAAGUUUGGAGGUCAGGAUAUCUUCAUGACAGAAGAGCAAAAGAAAUACUACAAUGCCAUGAAAAAACUGGGCUCAAAGAAACCUCAGAAACCUAUUCCCCGGCCUCUGAAUAGCAUCCAAGGAGCUGUCUUUGACUUUGUCACUCAGCAAGCAUUCGAUAUAGUCAUCAUGAUGCUCAUCUGCUUCAACAUGGUGACCAUGAUGGUGGAAACAGACACACAGAGUAGCCAGAUGUCAGACAUCCUCUGGUGGAUCAACCUGGUGUUUGUCAUCCUUUUCACCUGUGAGUGUGUGCUGAAGAUGUUUGCCUUGCGACACUAUUAUUUCACCAUUGGAUGGAACAUUUUUGACUUCGUGGUCGUGAUUCUGUCCAUUGUGGGAAUGUUCCUGGCUGAUCUCAUUGAGAAGUAUUUUGUGUCGCCCACUCUCUUCCGAGUCAUCCGACUGGCCCGUAUUGGCCGCAUCCUGCGUCUGAUCAAAGGGGCCAAGGGGAUCCGCACCCUGCUUUUUGCCUUAAUGAUGUCCUUGCCUGCCUUGUUCAACAUUGGCCUCUUGCUGUUCCUGGUCAUGUUUAUUUUCUCCAUCUUUGGCAUGUCGAACUUCGCCUAUGUAAAGCACGAGGCCGGCAUAGAUGACAUGUUCAACUUUGAGACCUUCGGGAACAGCAUGAUCUGUUUGUUCCAGAUCACCACCUCGGCUGGCUGGGAUGGCUUGCUGUUGCCUAUCCUGAACCGGCCACCAGACUGUGACCUAGAUAAGGAGCAUCCCGGGAGCAGCUUCAAGGGAGAUUGUGGUAACCCCUCCGUGGGGAUCUUUUUCUUUGUCAGCUACAUCAUCAUCUCCUUUCUGAUUGUGGUGAACAUGUACAUCGCUAUUAUUCUGGAGAACUUCAGUGUGGCCACUGAGGAGAGUGCUGACCCACUGAGCGAGGACGACUUUGAAACCUUCUAUGAGAUUUGGGAGAAGUUUGACCCUGAUGCCACACAGUUCAUUGAGUACUGCAAGCUGGCAGACUUUGCUGAUGCUUUGGAGCACCCACUCCGUGUCCCUAAACCUAACACUAUCGAACUCAUCGCCAUGGACUUGCCUAUGGUAAGCGGGGACAGAAUCCACUGCCUAGACAUCCUGUUUGCCUUUACCAAGCGUGUGCUGGGGGACAGUGGGGAGCUGGACAUCCUGAGGCAGCAGAUGGAGGAAAGGUUUGUGGCAUCUAACCCUUCCAAAGUGUCUUAUGAGCCCAUCACGACCACGCUCCGGCGCAAGCAAGAAGAUGUCUCGGCAGUGGUUAUCCAACGGGCUUACAGGGUUCGCUUAGCAAAACGGGGCUUUAUUUGCCGGAAGUCUGCCUCUACUAAGCUGGAAAACGGAGGAACAAAUCGGGAGAAAAAAGAAGGCACCCCAUCUACCGCAUCCCUCCCAUCCUAUGACAGCGUAACUAAACCUGAAAAGGAGAAACAGCUGCGGGUGGAGGAAGGAAGACGAGAACGAGCAAAAAGACAAAAAGAUUUCAAGGAAUCUAAGUGUUGAGACAAACAAAAAUAUGUUGUACAAAUUAAAAAAAAUUUGCAAGCAAAAAGAUUGUUUACAAACUUCACAAAAUAUAUCAAUACGGAACAGCUAAGGAGACACCUGAAGAUCUUAUACCAAACAUAGUCUGCUUAUUGUGUGACAAAGUUGCAUCUAAAAGCAGUGACCUACCACCUGUUUAAAGGACCCUUCUAAAUGAACAGUGUUCCACAUCAAUCAAUGCAACUUUGGGACAAACAAGCAAAAUAAAAAACACACACACACACUAAAAAACAAAACCCGCUGCUUGGAUUAAUAUAUCUCCCAAAGCAGCCAAAAUUGAUUAUUCUCUCAUUUUGUUGAUUAUCAAAAGAAAACCCAGAAGUCACAAUGUUAAAGGGUUUGUUUGUUCAAGCAAAACUAAUUUGCAUUCCUGCAUUUAGUUAAGCACAAAAACAAAAAAAAAAAGAAAAAGGCAAAAAAAAAAAAAGGCAAAAUAAAAACUGACAAAAAAAAAGAAACAAAACCCCACCCAUUUAGCCCAUGCCGUUUGAUUUGUCAUAAUUUAUUUGGUAUUUAUUAUCUUACAUACUACUUUCUACAUGGGCUUUACUUGGUUUGGGAGAUGGGGUAAUCAGGUAUCUUCAGCCUGAAAACUUGCUCAGGCUGAUUAAAAAAAAACUGUGCUUGUUCAAUGCAUAGAAAUGAUUUGCAUGAUGGCAUGCUGUGACCAGGAAUCAUGCAUGAAGAAUCAUUAAACCACAAGACACUCAAUAUCCUUCCACAACAGUUGGCUAAGCCAUAAGUUCGAGGCACUCCACUGACUACCACACACUGUAUUUGGAGGUUAACCUUAAAUAUAAUCAUGCCCUUCACCAAUAUUUACCAAUUUGUAACCAUCUCUUUCAUACACCCUCCAGUAGGAAAAAAAUGAAACAAGCCGAUGAAAUCUCUGUGUGUGUGUGCGUGUGUGUGUGUGUGUGUGUGUAUGUUUAACAACCUGUCGUUUCCAUACAGCCAUCUUUUGCACAUUUAAACAAUAAUCAUACAGAAAGAGAAACCUAAAUAUUGCUCUGGAUCCCUGGAGGGGAGAAUAUAUAAUAUUCAGGAAUGGCACUGCAAAACCAAAAUCUAGGGCUUAAAUACCAGUCAACAAGGUCAUUUGUAUCCUGUAAUAAUAAUUAUUCAGCCGCCAUACUGCAGCAGACACUUUUAGUGUAGAGAGAACAGUGCUAUGUAGGAAAUAGCAUAUUGUCUCUGCAGGUGCAAUAUUGGGAACUUGGCUAAAGCAAGGGGAUGUGUAACUCACAGAGUUUAAUUGUGUCCCAUGUUCCUCAGAGUUGUUGUUUCCUUGGGGUGGCAGCGGGGGCUGAGACCCAGCUGGAUUUUUGAAACUCUGAAGUUGUCUUUAUGUUCUUCCAUCAUUACUACUUUUUGCAGCUUGCACUUUGAUGCUCCAUGGCUUUCCUUGCUUCUGUAGCCACAAGGUUUUUAAACAAAAUGGAACACAUUAGAGUUGACAAUAAAAUAGCAAUAUGACAUGGGGCACUGUGCUGAAGACGAGGUGUCUGAUGUCAUGUGCCUUCACCUUUCUGUUUCAUAUGUUGUCAUAUUGUAGUAACUAAAAGGUCCUGCAGAUUUGGUUAGACACUAGAGCUACCUCUCAACUAGUCUGAUUACUGAGUGGUAAAUCGUUCAGUGGGAAUGUCACCAGGAAAGCUCAAACUUUUGUGUUUCUUUGUGAGGAUAUGAGACCCUUUAAUAUUCUGUUUCAGUGUCCUCCUCAGUCAAUAAGCCAGCUGUCAGUCACCACUCUAGGAGAUAUUUUCUUCUAAGCAGCCUUGGGGAAUAGCUCUUGCCAAUGGGAAGAGGCAGCAAUGCACUGAAAGACGACGAUUUUCCAGCUACAGCUUGUGUUCUGGUUAAAGAGUUGCUGCCAUGUUACAUUUUGAAAGGGAGGGUUGUGACAUUACUGCAUUGAAUUUGUAAUAUAGAAUGAAGAGAAACAGGAUGACUGAAUGUAGACCAAAUAAAAUGUAUCUUUAAAAGGGCAAAAAUAAGACAGCCGAACUUUUUAGAUGACAGGAAGGCAGUUUAGUUUGUAUAAUCUCAGAUGACAAGUGUCACUUAAAAAGCAAACGCUAUUUGACAGACAUCUGUGCCAAGUUGGGCUGUAUAAAUGCAUUAGUCUAGCCAUUAUGUCAGUGGAGGAGUUCUUCUGUACUGGUGAACACAACAAAGGACCAUUUCAACCCUGUAAGAUUUACCCCACUUACUGCUAGGCUAUGGUGUAUAAUAAAGAUGAAAACUACAUACAUAUGUACAGGCUACAUUGUAAACAGCACAAAAAAAGCUGAAAAGUGUGGUUGAACUUUUUAGGAAAAUAAUAUAAAUACUGUAAUAUAUCAGUUUAUUUUAUCGGCAUGCCUUUUUGUAAAUACAAAAAUUAAAUAGAACGGCGUCUGGCUUAUGCCAUUGUCCAUGUUUAUUUUUAAUUUUUAAAAUAUUUUCCUUAGAUUUUUAGAUGUCAGCCAAUGUACAUUCCCUACCCCCCAAAAACAACCCUACACCCCAAAAUAGAUAAAAAGAAAAGCUUUAGUGCAAAUUAUCUUUACAAUGACAAAAAUAUUUUUUGUCAUUCCAAUGUGCAAUAAGUGCUCUGACCAUUUCUAUGCAAGAUUUGGCUAAAUUACAUAAUUGUUCUUAAGUUGGAAUAUCAGUCUGUAGGUGAAGGGUGGUACAUUUACUGCUCAUGCUGGCAACUUCAUUGAGCUGCUGGAGUCAGUUUAAGUAAGACUUCUCUGCGAUCUCUCUAUUUUUAGCAGUUAAACUAUUUAUCAGUCUCUAUUGAAUACAAAGGCCAUCAGUCUUGCUGAAAAAUAAAAUGAACAAUUUCUCCAACCGUUCAGGGACAGCAGAGUCCAUCUUCCUGCUCAAUUGAAAAUUUCCUUUUUUUGUUUUAUUUUUAAAAAUGUCUUUUUUGUAGCAAAUAUCCCUCAGCCACAGUUCACAGGGUGCUGAGAGAAUUGUUCUGCAUCUUUGGGAACCUUCACACAGUGAGGCUGAGGCUGCAAAGGAAGCUUUGAUCUGAAAUAAAGCGGUCAGGGUAGCUUCAUACACCAUAUCGUUGCAUAGAAAUGCAGAUACAGUGUGUGGGGGGAGUGUUUGGGGGCGGGGGGUGUUGUAGUAAAGUCCUUGGUGAGGAAUUUUUUAUUCUAGAGUCAGGGUUAUCGGAAUAAAACAAUAGGCUGCAAUUUAAUUUGGAUUAAAAUGCCAAAAGAAUUUGGCUGUAACAAGUGGUUCCCCCUCCCUUCCCCCCAGCAUGUGUAAAAUCCUCUCUGUUGUUUUGGCUCAUUUAUUACCCUGUUAUUAAAAGGGCUGGGGAGGGGGGAAGAAAUAUCAGUUCAAGCUCCUUUACUCAACGUUUCUGCUCUAUUUUCACUUACAAAAAAAUACAAAUGCUAAUGUGGAGGAAUAAGAAAAAAACUAAAACCAUGAGCUGAUGUCGUAGAGGUCACACCCAAACUUUUGUAGUAUUGUAUUUUGUAGUUUUCUGUUGCAACAAAUGUUAAAGCUGUGACAGACCAAUACUGAAAAUCAGCAUAUUAGAGAUUGCAUGGUGGCUCAUCCUGCUCUAACCCAAACAUGACUGAAAAUUACAUUACUAUAAUCCAAAAGAACAAGGUAAGGGUGUCUGUGUCCAUUUAGUUCACUGUUUUCCGCCCCCCACCCCAUUCUUGCUGGGUUCUUAUUUUUUUCAAAGUAUAUAAAAGUGGCACAAGUAAGACCUAAUUUGUGCAGGGGAAGCUAGUGGAAGUGGUUUUGUUCCUGUUUUUAUUAUUCACCGUGAGAGAUUUGUGGCCUUUAGUGGCUCUUUGCUGGUAUCUAGCAGACAGGUCGCUCUUACUGCCAAUCCACAACCCCCUUGGCAUUUUCAUCAGAGGUUACUGCUAUGAUUGGGCACAGUGACUGCAGCAUGUUGAUAGCAGCUGAGCAGGUUGGUGGCCUUUGUGAGGCCAAGUGGUGGCUUUUGGUUAAUAUCUUAGUGAAUGCAUCACAAAAACACCAUCAAAACUGGCCCCCAUUCACUGGUAGGCUCAACAGAAGCCAACAAUUGAAGGCUGUGCGGCUUGCAGUCCCCUCUUGCUCCUGGGUGUAGGGAACGCUUGCUCUGGCGACGUGCAGGGAACUUUAGUCUGCAGCACUCUCAAUCCAAUCAAAAGACAGAAGCGCAAAUUGUACAGAAUACGUGAAAUUCCCAAGCAUCCGUCAGCAUACCCGGCAUCACCAACAAAGACAGCAGGGGUGAUGCAGUGUGUCUGCAGCAGAACGGAGAGAACCCAGAUGCUCCUGUCACUUGGGAAACUCCAUUAAGGGUAAGCCAUAGGGGAGCCUUUGAGGCAGCUGGCCAUUGCUGAGUCCAUGCAGUGGAGCAUAGUGGUACUCACACACUGCUGCCUCUUUGUUCAGCUUCCCUUUGUACAUGUCUUUCUUUCCAAUCGAAGGGCAAGGUAGUGCGUUAGCUUCGUGUGCUAGUUAUGGCUCGCUGGAGGUCAGGUUUUGAGUCAAAAUAGUUGCAAGUCAAAUCAUGUAGGUGUUGGUUUAAAAUACUUCUCCCUAGAAGAGGUUCCCCCCCACCCAAACUGCAAAGAACAAUAACCGAACCAAGCAAACCCAGAACUCUGAUUCCCUAACAUUGGUCAGUCUCUGGUCAAGAAAGCCUGGUACUGCACUGGCUGUGCGUACUGCAAGCCAGGACUGUGAGGCGCUACAUGAACUUGGUGGGAAGGUUGCACAAGACCUGGCUGUUCUGUACUGCACGGGGAGUUGCCAGCCACUUUCAAAAAAGAAUCUAAACAAAUUGCCAAAAAAAUUAGAGGAGAAAAAUCUUCCAAAUUUGCCCUUUGCAAGUUUGUUGCAUGUUGUGAUUUUAUAGAGAGGGGUGUGUGUGUGUGUGCGUGCGUAUUCUGCAUAGGUGAGGUGAGGAUUGGUGUCCAGUGGCUAGAGCAGGAGACUGGAAAUCAGGACUCCUGGGUUUUAUUUCCAGCUCUACCGCUGACAUGUUAUGUGACCUUGGACAAAUCACUUAACCUCUCUGUGCCUCAGUUGUACCCAUCUGUCAAAUGGGUGUAUAAUUACCUACCUCACAGGGGUGUUGUGAGGCUCAAUUAGUUAACAUUUGUAAAGUGCUUUGAGAUUCACAGCUGCAAGUGCUAUUUAGAUGUGCACAGUAGAAUCAUGGACUAAGGGGGAAAUGAGAUGGUACCAUAAAUGCUGCUAAAUGAGUCAUUUUUAAACUGCACUGCUCUACUGAACCCAGCUUCUCAACAACGAUCAGGGCAAAUAAUUUCUUCCUUUUACUUUGCUUACGUGACUUGUUCUGGAUACUGUGUUAAUUCCCCCCACCCCCCGCUGUAUUAGCCUUCCCCUUUCACCCUCCCUAGAUUUUGUUCCCUGUUCUGUUUCACAUGAAGAAAGGAGGCGGAAAUAAUUGGUGUUUUGGGGACGGGGUGGUGAAAGAAUGUAAAAACACCGUGUGCUGGAAGUCUGAGAGUCUGAAUUUUGAUUUCCUUUGUACUAUACAUCUUUUUACU